UCCAUGUUCCGCGCAGAGAAACGAGGCUCCAAAUUCAAAUCAACGCAGCCGCACGCCGGCGGCGGGCGCGAGGGGCGGAGCCUGGCGGCGUGGGCGGGACGCGCGGUGUGGGCGCCCAGGAGAAGGGAAGGCGCUCCAGUUCCGGGUCAGGCCCCGCUCCCGCCUCCCUCGGCCUCCGCCAUGGCGAGCAGCGGCGGCGCCGGGGCGGCGGCGGCGGCGUCGAACAUGAAUGCGGUGCGGGAGACCAUGGACGUUCUGCUUGAGAUUUCCAGAAUUUUGAACACUGGCUUAGAUAUGGAAACUUUGUCUAUUUGUGUACGGCUUUGUGAACAAGGAAUUAACCCAGAAGCUUUAUCAUCGGUUAUUAAGGAGCUUCGCAAGGCUACUGAAGCACUAAAGGCUGCUGAAAAUAUGACAAGCUGACUUUUCUGGAGAAAUUCUGAUGAGAUAUGUCAAGCUCUGAAAGAGGAUUUGAAGAUUGCUUUGUAGUCAAGAAUGUACAAUGAAAUUACUGCAUGCAUCAGUGUAGAAAAGUUUUCCUUUUUAAAAGAAUUAUAAAACCAUAGCUUUAUAAAUCAGUGGAAAGUGGCUUACAGAGAGAACUAUCAGAUGUGUUUACAUCACAUCUUACUCACUUUUUUUUUUUAACAGCUAUAAUGCCUUGGCAUUGUUAUGUUCAUAUUUAUGUAUUCCUUAUUUAUAGCUCUGAUAGCUUUAAUUUUCUAAGCAGUCUGUCUAUCAGAUGUGCACAUCUGCUGUGCCUGGUUGAAGGAUAGUGGAACCCAUCAGUAGUGAUGUGUAGUAGUUAUGACUUGUUGACAUUUCCAUUAUAAACCUUAAUUUUGAAUUGUUUAUGCAUAAAAACUGGAUUUAUGUUGUAUUGGGCUGAAAGUUGACAGGAUUUCAGCUACCAUUUGUGAAUUUUGAUUUGGAUUCAUUAUGUAUAUCAGAAUCUUGUUUUUUAAAAAAUAAGAGUAUGGAAAACAUUUCUAGUAAUCUGCUCUUUAACAAAGAAUAUUUAGUUUUUUAAACAGUUUGUUGGGCAGUUAAUAAUGUGAACCAUAUCAUUUUUGUAUUGAUUGAAAAAUAAAACUUUUAGAAACUUAGAUUUUCAAAGAAUUGACAGUGCUUUAGCAUUAUUUAUAGUUUGAAUCAUUUAAAUAUAAUGAAAAUGUUAGUUGAGAAUUUUUUUAAGUUUUAUACCCUAUAAAUGAAGGCCUAAAAAAUAAUGUAUAAAAUGAAACAUAGCCAACAUGCAAAAUUCCUGUUUACUUUUAUUACAUAAAAGUAAUUUAAGUGCUUACCUAAUAAAUCUUGAGUGGUUAUUUAAUAAAUGACUAGAUAGGUGGUAUGUUUCAACAGAUAUUUAAUAUUUUCUGAAGAAAUAAGGAUUUCCAGUCAUUAAACAAAAACUAAUCUAAUGUUCUGUAUCAGGAAUUAUAAGUGUGGCUUUUUGAAAUCAUUUUGUGUCAUUUUUUUUACUCUUAAAGCUAUAACUCAUCAAAGUGAUGUUAUAAAAAUAAAUUUUAAUAUAUUGAUUCUGUUCCUAUAACAUAAUCUCAAUGAAAUUUUUUUGGCAAGACUUCAGGAUUUAAUAUGAUUUCAUUUUUUCUUAGAUUUUAGAUUUUGUUAGAUACCAUUUAAAUGAUGGUACAAGCAUUCACUCUUUAGUAGCAUUUUUUGUUUUUCAGACUGAAGUGGUUUUAAUAAGACUUAGUGAUAUUGAAAUAGAACCUUCUCUGCUAUUUUUAAAAGUCUAGGAUUUUGACCAUUUUGACUUUUUAAAUACAUGACAUUUUUACCAAGUGCACUGCAAGGUCUAUUGUUGGCAGAACAGGUUGGGAGACACUAAGAACUUACAAUAAGUCAUUUGGUAAUAAACACUGCAAAUACAGCACGUUGUUAUUUAUAAAAUCGUAAAGAGAACACUUUUGUUAACCUUCAAAAUUUGUAUAUACUUCUAGGCCAUAAGAGUUGAUAGUUUUAUUUAUGACUUUGUAGAUUAAGUUAUUUAUGUAUGAAACAAAGCAGAAAAAUAUAUUGAAAAGGGAUUAUGUUUACAGAGGACUUCUUUAAUGUGUCACAUUUCUUAAAUGUAAACAUAUAUUUUUAAUGCAUACUUAAGUAAUAUUUAAGAAACCAAACAAAAUAAUGAUACAAUUGCAGUGUUGUGCCUGUUGUCAGUGACAAUAAUAAAACCAUUUGGUGGUAUUGGCAUGUA